AUGAUAGCUGCUGCAAAUCAUUUUGAGGAUUAUGAAAAUUAUGGGUGCCAAAUUUUUGUCAGUGUUGAUGCUCCAAAUCUUGAAGAGUUAGACAUCUACUAUGAUUUUCUGGUUAGCUGUUCUUUGAAGAAUACCAAAUGUCUGAGGAAAGUCAAGAUAGAUUUCUUAGAUGUGAAACAGCUUGUGGACCGUGAAUAUUUUCUUGGCCUCGCUGAUCGCAUAUGCCAGCUUUUUGCAGAUAUUUGUAAUGCUAAAUACUUGACAGUUUCAGCUCCAAUUUUGGUCGCUCUUGGGGAUGGAUAUCAACGUCUGCCUACAUUUAAUGAUUUGAACCAUUUGGAGCUGCAACUUCAAACUUGUCGAUAUAGGGUUCAAUUCAACUCACUUAUUUUCAAUCAUGUUUGGGACUACAAAUAUUGUGAUGACGACAAUGAGGAUGUUCUUGUACAUGAAUGGGGUGCACCAGAAUUUGCAAACAUUUGUUUGGUUUCACACCUCAAGACUAUUUGCCUAUGGGAUUUCAAGGGGUGUCCAAAUGACAUGGAAGUGGCAAAGUACUUGGUGAAGCAUGGCAAGGCUUUGAAUAGGGUGACUAUUCAUACUCACUUCAGUGAAAACAAAGAGAUGAAGUCACGGUCUCCUACUGCCUUAUGGUCGAAAUUUUCAAAGUUCCCAAGGGGUUCCAAGACAUGUGAGAUUGAAUUUCGGAUAAUUAUCUGA